UCACAGCGCGACUUUCGGCGAGCCGAUAAUGACGUCAUCGGAGGGAGCAGCUUGGCCUGACGCAGGAGUGAAGAUGGCGGAUCAGGAGAAGCUGCCGAACGGGUGGGAGAAGCGGAUGAGCCGCAGCUCCGGACGCGUUUACUAUUUCAAUCACAUGACUAAUGCCAGCCAAUGGGAGCGACCCUCCGCGGGUGGGAAGAACGGGCAAGGCGAACCUACAAAAGUGCGAUGUUCCCACUUGUUGGUGAAGCACAACCAGUCCCGGCGUCCUUCAUCAUGGCGGGAAGAGCGAAUCACGCGCUCCAAGGAUGAGGCCUUAGAACUUAUUAAUGGUUAUAUACAGAAAAUCAAGUCUGGUGAUGAGGAUUUCGAAGCUCUAGCCUCCCAGUUCAGCGACUGCAGUUCUGCCAAAGCCGGAGGGGAUUUGGGAGCGUUUGCACGAGGGGCCAUGCAGAAACCAUUCGAAGACGCUACCUUUGCUAUGAGGCCGGGGGAAAUGAGCGGUCCAGUGUUCACGGAUUCCGGCAUCCACAUUAUACUCCGCACAGAGUGAAUCUUCUGUCACGGGGGGGAGGGGGUCCUUGCCCUUUUUUUUGGAGAUAAGGAACAGAUUUGUGGGGGAGAAGCAGUAAGGGGCAGCUGGGAAGGGAUAGAUGAGGCUUUAUAAUACCUGGGGGGAUUCUCAUUGAGCGUCGCGGGUAUGAGGGAGUCUAUAGACUGAUGUAAUGUGUAGCAGGUUACAUCAGCUGUGUAUUAAUGUUGAACAUUUUACAGCAAGGCAUCCGCUUGAAGGGAUGGGGGGGGUAUUCCGUAAUAUAAAGGGGGUACGUGUACAUUCCCCCAUAUGUGAAAGCUGACCAAGGGCUCGUACUCACAAGCGUUCCUUAAUGUGACCCCUUCCCCCAUCUGAGGGCUUCCGCAUUUAGUAGGCCUUGGUGCGAUGGUGUCCACCAUUAGAUA